AAGAUGGAGCAGGAAAAGAAGUUGAGAGAGUCAAUUGACGAGAAUGAAGAGGCGCAAGCUUUUCUCAAGCAAGAAGAGGAAGGCCAUUUCGCAGAAUCACCACAAGAUGAUGAAGACCACUCGACGCGACAUCCUCCCACGACUGCGCCAAAAGGACUUAGCAAUCGCUUCUGGAUCAGUGCGGCCGUCAAUACCGUGUCCACCGCAGCCAUCGUCUUCAUCAACAAACGCAUCUUCCAAACCGCCUCCCUCCGCCACGCCCAAGUCACCUUCGCAGCCUUCCACUUCUUCAUAACGUUCCUCCUCCUCUACCUCGUCUCCCGGCCGACGAUCAACCUCUUCCCAGCGAAGAAACUAGACAUUUACACUUUACUCCCACUCGCCGCUGCGAUGAUUUUCAACGUUGUUCUACCAAACGCUUCGCUCGCCUAUUCCAGUAUACAAUUCUAUCAAGUCGCUCGCGUCCUUUUGACGCCUUGUGUCGCGGGACUGAAUUUUGUGUUGUAUCAACAACGGAUACCGCGGUUGGCGGCUUGGACUCUUGUGCCGGUUUGUUGCGGGGUGGCGGUUGUUUCGUAUUAUGAUACUAUGAAGAAGACGGGACAGAAAGAGGUGCAGAUACAGACUACGACGAGACCGCUUGGUGUUUUCUUUGCGAUUACGGGUGUUGUGGCGAGUUCGUUGUAUACGGUCUGGAUCAAAUUUUAUCAUGGGAAGUUGGAGUGUUCGAGUAUGCAGUUGUUGAUGAAUCAGGCGCCGAUUAGUGUGGUGAUGAUGUUGUAUGUUGUACCUUUUGCGGAUGAUGUUACGGUUUGGAGGGAUGUGGGAGGGGGUGUUUAUGGGUUGAUUGGAGUUAGCGGACUUCUGGCUUGUUUGAUCAAUCUUUCGCAAUUUGUGAUCAUCAAUGAGGCGGGACCGGUGAGCAGCACUGUUGUGGGGCACUUCAAAACUUGCUUGGUCAUUGCUAUGGGAUGGAUGGUUUCGGGCAAGUCUUUGAUUGAUGGGAGUCUGCUGGGGAUUGCUUUGGCUGUGGGCGGCAUCAUCUCGUGA